AUGGCGCGAACCAAGCAAACCGCGCGCAAAUCAACCGGCGGGAAAGCGCCGAGGAAGCAGCUAGCUAUGAAAACCAUUAAAGCAUGCAGGAAGACCGCCUCCAUGACCUGCGGGGGGGUCAAGAGACCGCACAGGUACCGGCCCGGCACCGUCGCGUUGAGAGAAAUCAGGAGAUACCAGAAGAGCACUGAGUUAUUGAUGAGAAAAUUGCCGUUUCAGAGGUUGGUGAGGGAAAUUGCGCUUGAGUUCAAGACUGAGUUGAGAAUACAAAGCUCGGCCAUGAUGGCGCUGCAGGAAGCCUGCGAGUCUUAUUUGGUGGGCCUGUUUGAGGACACCAACCUGUGCGCGGUACAUGCCAAGAGAGUUACCAUCAUGCCGAAAGAUAUUCAGCUGGCGAGAAGGAUAAGAGGCGACCGCUGUUAG